CUUUUUCGUCAUUUUAUUUCUUUGGGUUGUAUUGUUAACAAUAUGGCAGCGCCCAUGUAAACGUGAUGAUUUUACAAAGAACAUCCUUAAAUUUACGUAAUAUUCCAACAUUUAACGUCACAAGAAUGUCUUCUGAGAGUAUGAAUGUAAAACAACGGAAGAAAGACUACGAGGAGGGAAUAUCCCUCCGAGCACAGAGAAGGAAACGAGCAUUUGUUUUAUACAGCAAGCAACAUAAAGAUGAUAAAGUAUGGAAAACAUCUGCGGACUUGGAACGUGAAACCUCGUACUAUAUAGAAAAUGGUUUAAGAAAAGUGUACCCAUAUUAUUACUCAUUUGGUAGUUUCAUCAAGGGGAGGUGGAUAGGAAAAACUGUAAUGGAAGUUUAUAAAUCAGAAUUUUAUACUUCCGGAGUUGAUCCUGUAAAAGAGUUUGAUAAUGGAAAUUUAACUGUGAAUGGGAAAAAAGUUCCGGUAGACUUUGUUCUAAAAAAUGGCAUGAGGAUGGAGCAUAGAUGUCACAGACAUGAGAUGCCAGUGUUAGACGUACCUAUAGAUAUAAUUGACGAUACCGAAGAACUUGUUGUUGUCAAUAAACCAGCCUCGAUCCCGGUUCACCCGUGUGGUAGAUACAGAUACAACUCUAUCACUAUGCUGCUCAAAUAUGAAUAUGGAUAUGACAAUCUCAGGAAUCUGUAUAGGCUGGACAGACUUACCUCAGGGGUGUUGAUAUUUCCUAAAACCACAUCAGUGUCAAAGAAAUUAGAGAAACAGUUACAGGAUAAAGAACUACAUAAGGAAUAUGUGUGUAGAGUGGUAGGAAAAUUUCCCGAUGGGGAAGUUGUAUGUAAUGAGCCUUUAGGCAGUAUGUCUCUUUCAAUAGCUUUAUGUAAAGUGGAUCCAAAUGGAAAGGAAAGUUCAACAACCUUUACAAGACUAAGUUAUAAUGGGAAAACAAGUGUUGUGAAAUGUGUUCCACAUACUGGUAGGACCCAUCAGAUAAGAGUUCACCUUCAGUUUUUGGGUCAUCCAAUAUGUAAUGAUCCAUUAUACAACAGUCCAGCAUUUGGUCCAAACAGAGGAAAGGGUGGAAUGUUAGAAAGGACUGAUCAAGAGAUUGCUCAAGAUAUUAUGAAAAUAAGCAAUAUUGGAGUGUGGAAAAUUGGUGACAAUCCAAAAUACAUAGAGAAAUUUGGUAAUAAAAUUGGCAAAGACAGUCUAGUUUCAUCAGGUGUUGAAAGAACUAGUUCUGCAAAUCAGGAGUCUGAGAAAACUGCAGAUUCUGAUAAAGUGAUUGAAGAGGGACAAGAAUGUAAUGAAUCUUGUGGUAAAAAUAUAGACAAUGGAUCAGAACAACCUUGUAAAAGAGUUAAACUUGAAGAUGGUUCAGCUAAAUGUUCAGAUGCUUCAGAAACAUCAGAUGAAUCUAGUGUUAAAGCAGAAUGUGAUGUCAUUGAAACGGAUGAGUCUAAAGACGAUAUAAAAGAAGUUGUUAGUACCGUUGAUGAUUCGGAUACUUCUAAGAAUGUCCAGAAUGAUGAUAGUAAUAUAGAUAAGUGUGAUGGAACGUCAUCUUGUUCAGCAGUUAAAGAAGAGGGUAGUGAUAUUGCACAGGUUGAAAUGGUUGGUAAAGUGACAGAUGCACAACUUGUUGAAAGUAAAAUGACAAUUGAUGAGCUUUGUGUAGAAUGCAAAUAUUUAUACCAGGAGCCUAAGCUAGAGGAACUUAUUAUAUAUCUACAUGCUGUUAGAUACAGGGGUCCAUCCUUUGACUAUAGUGCACCCCUACCAGACUGGGCAAGUGAAGAUUUUGGAGAUGAACAUUUUACAUGAAAAUUUGUAAACUUCGUACAUUGUAUAUUGAUUAUUGUAUAAUUCAAUAAAUUAUUAUACACUA